AUGCGCGCUCUGCGCCAAGCCGCUGGGGCGCGACUGCGACAUCUUCAUGUACAGAGGGACGCGCCCUUCUGCAGCGAGGAGUGCCGCGGCGAGCAGAUGCAGCUCGACGCCAUCCGCCCCAGGCGGGCCGCCGCACGGAGGCAGCAGCAGCAGCAGUACUCCUCCAGAACGGAGUCCAGGCACCGGGAGUCCAGGAAGGUGUCUGUGGCGACAUGA